CAAGAAGUGAAGGGGGCGGCUUUCCUCUCUGACAGAUGUGUGACGACAUCCUGCAGUGCAGGUGUGGGGGUUUAUUCUAAAGGAGAACAGAUAGCAGCAUCCUUGCCUUCAUAAAGCAAGGAGCAAAACAUUAAAAAAAAUCAAAUAAUCUAUAAAUAAAAUUUAAAAAAAAGUAUAACAAGACAGCUUUUUGCGUAUACACUUAUAAUAUGCAUUAAUAUCUAUGAAGGGAGGUCAAGCUUCUGGAACAAAAGCAAUCACCUCUGCAUAGGAAAGAUCCUUAUAUUUGCAAAAUGGAUCAUUCAAAGCUCUUCUGUCUGAACACUGUUUUUCUACUGCUAUCUGCUUUCAUCCAUGCUGCAGUGAGCAACAAAGCCAACAAGCAUAAACCAUGGAUUGAGGCAGAAUACCAGGGAAUCAUCAUGGAGAAUGACAACACCGUACUGCUCAACCCACCUCUCUUUGCCCUUGAUAAAGAUGCACCCCUUCACUAUGCAGGAGAGAUCUGUGGAUUCCGUGUUCAUGGGCAGAACACACCGUUUGAGGCAGUGAUCCUGGAAAAAUCCACAGGAGAAGGACUGAUCCGAGCCAAGGAGCCAGUGGACUGUGAGGCCCAAAAGGAACAUACAUUCACAAUCCAAGCUUACGACUGUGGCGAGGGACCUGAUGGAGCAAACAGCAAGAAAUCUCACAAGGCAACAGUGCAUGUACGAGUGAAUGAUGUCAAUGAAUUUGCUCCUGUUUUUGUGGAAAAAGUGUACCGUCUGGCUCUGAGUGAGGGAAAACUUUAUGACCGCAUACUGCGUGUGGAAGCUAUUGAUGGUGACUGCUCCCCUCAGUAUAGUCAAAUAUGCUACUACGAGAUCCUUACACCUAAUGUGCCCUUCAUCAUUGACAAUGAUGGGAACAUUCGCAACACAGAUAAGCUGGACUACCGAACUCAGCGCUUGUACAAGUUCACAGUUACAGCGUAUGACUGUGGCAAGAAGCGGGCUGCUGAAGACGCUGAAGUGGAGAUUGAGGUGAAACCUAUGUGCAAGCCAUCUUGGCAAGGUUGGAAUAAGCGAAUUGAGUAUGUACCAGGGACUGGAGGACUCCCACUCUUUCCUAACAUUCGGCUGGAGACCUGUGACGAACCUGUCUGGAACAUACAAGCCAGCAUUGAACUGCAGACCAACCAUGUCGCAAAGGGCUGUGAUAGGGAUAACUACUCUGAGAAAUCUCUACGUAAACUUUGUGGUGCUGCCACCGGUGAAGUUGACCUUCUCCCUUCUCCCAGUGCAGCAGCAAAUUGGACAUCUGGGCUCUCCACUCACUACAGCCAGGACAACAGCUUGAUCUACUGGUUUAAUGGCACACAGGCAGCAGCUGUCCCAUCUAGUAGCCUAAAAGAAGGGCUGAGUGACCACUUCACCCUAUCUCUCUGGAUGAAGCAUGGGUUGCCUUUAGGAGGCAAGGUUCGGAAGGACGAAGAGACAGUGAUCUGUAACACCAUUAGAAGCGAGGACAGCUACACUCACUACUCCUUGGCGGUACACGGAUGUCGAAUGGCUUUCCUAUACUGGUCGCAGAUUGAGACUGCACGUCCUGUGAAGUUCCUUUGGAAGCUGGAGCAGGUAUGUGAUGACGAGUGGCACCAUUAUGCACUGAACUUGGAAUUCCCAACAGUUACGCUGUAUGUGGAUGGUGUAUCCUAUGAUCCAGCCCUGAUCCAUGACAAUGGCCCACUGAGACCACCAAAACCAGAAUCCCGCUUGGUGGUUGGAGCUUGUUGGAUAGAAGAACCAGAAAGGGAGAAAAAUGAGAUUAAACCAGAAAACGUUACACAUGUGCUCAAAACAGGUAAUACCUUGCGGACACACCAUUAUUUUCAUGGCUACCUGGCAGGAUUUACCUUGCGCCCUGGGAAGCUAGAAAAUCGUGAAGUAAUUGAAUGCCUCUAUGCCUGCAGGGAAGGACUUGACUUCAGUGAUUUUGACAGUCUUGGAAAAGGAAUGAAGGUCCAUGUAAACCCUUCACAGUCUCAGCUAACCUUGGAGGGAGAUGACGUAGAAACCUUUAACCAUGCAAUUCAACAUGUGGCCUAUCUGAACACAUUGCGUUUUGCUACCCCUGGUGUUCGGCCACUGAAGCUUACUACAUCUAUCAAGUGUUUCAGUGAAGAAUCAUGUAUAUCCAUUCCUGAUGUGGAAGGCUAUGUCAUUGUCCUACAGCCUGAUGCACCUCAGAUCACUAUCACAAGUGAUGGCCAUUUUGCACGGCCUGUAGCUGAGUUUGAGAGUCUUGAGGGGGUACGCUUAUUCCCAGAACUGAGGAUCUCCUGCUCCAUUACUCAUCAGCUGGAGGCUGGGAAGGAGGACAAUGCUCAGCUUUCAGGAACCGACUCACAGAUGUCAGAUGAGAUUGUUCACAAUCUGGAUGGUUGUCAGAUCUUAAUCGUUGGAGAGGAAAUAGACCCAGAGCGAGAAGAAAUCUUGAUGGACACAGCAACAAUUCUGCAGAGAGGGCUGGAGUUAACAAACACCUCUUCUUACUUCUCUGUGACAGGAGUUGAAACCAUUGCUGUAUAUGAGGAAGUUCUUAGACAAGUAAAAUACCACAUCAGACGUGGAGCGGCUCUAUAUGAGAGAAAAUUCCGUCUUUCAUGUACAGAGAUGAAUGGAAGAUAUGCAAGCAAUGAACUCACUGUCGAGGUGAAUGUUCUGCACAGUGUUAAUGGAGUGGCUCACCCCAACCAUGUACUGACAUCACAACAGUUUAUGCAUCCUGCACACCAUUUACCAGCAGAGCUUUCUGGUCACAAUCUUGUAAACACCCAUCGAAACUCAGUUGUGCCAAGUGCUGCUACCAUCAUCAUUGUUGUAUGUGUGGGAUUCUUAGCUCUAAUGGUAAUACUUGGUGUUUUCCGGAUUCGCUCCAUCCAUCGCCGUGUUGCACGAGAACAGGGAGGUGGGAAGGAGAAUGAUAUGUUUUGGGAUGACUCAGCUCUGACAAUCAUCGUUAAUCCAAUGGAGUCAUAUGAAAAUCGACAUGAAAGUGAAACAGAGGCUGAGAAGGAAGACUGCAGUGAUUCUGAAACCCCAGAUUCUCCUAGCAGUGAUGCAGAUGACCAGAGAAUCAUGGGAAAGAAGGAGACCACCAGCCGUCAUUAUUAAAUGAACAAAGACUCACCAUUAUAUUCAGUUGCUUCUUACAUUUUCAUCCAUGUAAAAAGCCAUCAACAUGUGAAAGUUGCAUUAUUUAGUGUCAAAACAUACAAACAUAUUUAUGAGUUGAGCAUUCUGGAACAGUCUUUAGUAGAGGACAGUCUGUACUGUAACUCAAGUGGAAUAACAACUGUUUUCUACAGAUUAAAUCAAGCAUGGGCAACAAUUACAAAAAAAGUAUAUAAAGCUAUGUAGAAUGAGUAGAUUAUUUAAUGGGUUUUAGAAAUGUGUUCUCCGUAUAUGUUCUAGAGAAAUUCUAAAAUGAAAGGAUUUAGAAUUUCGUAGAACACACAGGGGAGGUUUAAGUUUUACUUUCUAAGAAAGACAGGCACUGCUACCACACUUCUGAAGUAAUAAAAAUACAUAAAUAUAAGUAAGGUGACAUUUUAAAAUACACAUAACCUGACAUAAGGAAUGUAGAUUAAUGUAGUAUACAGAAAGAUGUUAAAAGGGAAAAAAGAUUUAUUUUUUCAUAAGUUAAUUCCGUGGAGUUGUUGCUUAUAAUUGUUUAAAGUCUAUACUUUCCAUUUGUCUGUCCUUGUGAUGUUAGUUCCGUGGAGUCAUUGCUUAUAAUGGUUUAAAAUCUAUACUUUCCAAAUGUCUUUCGAAUGUCUUGUACUCUCAUUAGGCUUUGCAUGGCUCUGUGUAGCCAUAUGUACCAAUGUUUCAGCGUAUAAAUCCCUCUCAGCAGAUUAAAUUUAUCCAGAACAAUUCACAUAUUACAGUUAAAAUGAUAAGCUGCUGCAUUUAAGCAUUCUAAUAUUGCAGCAUUUUGUUUGCCGAUUACCAAGUAAAUGUUCUUCAAAAUUUUCAAAAGACUUGUGUGUGGUAGGUAAUCUGAGUGUAUUUUUAUUUGUUUAGUUAUUCAGUUUGUUUACAUGGGUAGUACACUGAUUAUAAUAGACCAUUUGAAGGCACAGCCUUGGUGAAGAAAUUCACAAAAAUAUUUCCUUUCCCUUUUUACUUUUAUAUCUUUAAGAAAAAAUGGAGGCUACCUCUGUAGACGUAAUUGCACUGUAUUUCUGUUCAGUUUGUUUCUAGUGAAACUCCUGAUAAUAUUUAAGUAAACCGUGCAUGAUAAUGUCUGUUUGAGGAAAAGGCAGUGUGUCAUAAAUGGAAAUACAUAUAGCCUGCAGAGAGAUGUGCAUUAAAUGGAAAUGCAUGGAGUCUGCAGGGGAGAAUAUUUAAUGUAUGUUCUUCCCAAAUGAAAAAUCAAGUGGAAAUGAAACAAUUCUUUUUACUGCUCAGAUAAGAUUAUUCAAACAAAUACAAACCUAUAAGAUUUUAGCUUGCUGAUAUUAUACUUGUAUCUAUGUUUUCAAAGAAAUGUUCAGGCUACCAGUUAUGUUUGUGUUACGUUAUUCAGGUAUAACACAAUACUAGUACUUACAAUAUGUGAAGGGAAUGUCGACCCAGUAAUAAAAUAUACUGCUUGGUAUAGUCCCAGAAUUUAUAAUCAAGGCAAGUUAUGCCCAUACCGCUCAUCAAUGUUAUUAAAAGUGGUAUAUAUAAUUUAAGCAAUUUUAAGUAAACUAAGUAAAACAUGAUAAAAAAUUUUAAAAAGUUUACAAAAAACUUUUCAGCAGAAUUUAAUUAUAAUACCUAAAACCAGCAAAUCCUCAAAUAGAAUGAGUCAUUCCAAACCAGAAGUAAAUAUUUAAAUGUCACCAUGCAGAACUUUGUUUGCUUUGCAGAGCCUUAUGUUAAGAAGACAAGGGGAUCAAAAUAUACAAGCACUGAAAGCUGUAAAGAGUCUUUUAAGUUUAAAAAUAUACAUAGUCAACAGGAAAGGGCUUGCAUGAUGCAAAAGUGUACAGACUCUGUUAGCAGAAAAGGAUGUUGGUACACAAGAACAAAUAAGCACUGCUAAUAGAAAACAGUUUUUGAUAUACAAGAUCACAUCAAAAUUGUCAAACAUCCAAUCCUAUUUUUCUAAGUGUUAUAAGACUACACAAAUACCAUUUACAAGUAAUGGAUUAAGGAGUGGAAGAAGAUACUAACACUACCUGUGCAUAAUGACCAGUGAGGCACAACAUUAUACAAACUGUAAAAGAGAGCACAAAAAAUACCAACAGUUAUAAAGUCUUGGAAAGAGCUAAAACAAACACGUAUUUCAACCACAGGAACUUUUGUUCUUCCAGAUUUCUCAGAAUGCUACCACCCAAUUUUCUCCUUUCUCCAAUGUUAUAUUAUGACAGGUAUCUAUCUGCACAAUAACCACAUUGGCAGUGAUGGAUCCUACAUAAAUAUUUGGACUACUUAUAGAAAACAAGUGCUUAUGUUUGCCAAUAAAAUCAAGUCGUAUGGGUUGACAUGUA